AAAUCGUGUUGAGCGGGCAACUACAGGUGAAGACUUGAAAAUUUUUGGUUUUCGAGUCGAAUCCAGUAACAAUGAGAUUGAGUACCAUGAUGGCGGCGUGCCGAGCGUUCUUAAAGAUAGUGAAUUUACAAUUCGAAUUUUCGGCAAAGGCAUAACACAAGAUACAGUUAUAACAUUUACGGCAAUUUCGAAUACCUUCGGUGGAAAAUGUCAAAUACCUGCAACUCUGUUAUACAAGCCCAUCGAGGGUUCAGCGUCCAACGAAUCGGCUGUCUAUCGCAUGUCUCUACCAAAACUGGAUAAGGCAAUGACUAAUGGCAGUGAAACAUUUUAUUUGUGUGCUAAAAAUGAUCCACAAAUGGAUGUGGGAAGCGCAACGGAUACCAAACCGAUGGUACAUCAAGGAAGUGAUGAAUAUCUUCAAAUGAAGACAUAUGAAAAUUUGCUUCCUCUCUGGCUAUCAAUUGUCAUCAUUCUUGUCUGUUUAGGCUUCUCUUCGUUGUUUUCAGGUCUUAAUUUGGGUCUGAUGUCACUUGAUCGUACUGAAUUAAAGAUUCUGUGCAACACUGGUUCAGCUCGCGAACGUCAAUAUGCUCGUAUCAUUCAACCAGUUCGUGAAAAGGGUAACUUCCUUCUGUGUAGUAUCCUCUUGGGUAAUGUAUUGGUGAACUCUACAUUUACUAUUCUCUUGGAUGGUUUAACAUCCGGUCUCUUUGCUGUUAUUGUUUCUACACUUUCCAUCGUGAUAUUUGGUGAAAUUACGCCACAGGCUGUUUGCUCUCGUCACGGCUUAGCAAUUGGUGCUAAAACCAUUGGCAUCACGAAAGUUGUUAUGGUACUAACAUUCCCAAUGUCAUAUCCAAUUUCGAAAAUGUUGGAUUGGGCUUUGGGUGAAGAAAUCGGCAAUGUUUACAAUCGUGAACGUCUCAAGGAAUUGGUGAAGGUCACAACUGGCACAAAUGAUCUCGAUAAAAAUGAGGUCAAUAUUAUUUCUGGUGCUUUAGAAUUGCGCAAAAAGACUGUUUCGGACGUAAUGACACACAUCGAUGACGCUUUUAUGCUAUCACUUGAUGCGCUUUUAGAUUUUUCCACGGUGUCCGAAAUCAUGAAGUCUGGAUACUCACGUAUACCUGUUUAUGACGGGGAUAAGAAGAACAUAGUUACUUUAUUAUAUAUUAAAGACUUGGCCUUUGUUGAUACUGAUGAUAACACACCUUUGCGGACCCUCUGUGAAUUCUAUCAGAAUCCAGUUCAUUUCGUUUUCGAAGAUAUGACACUUGAUCUUAUGUUUAAUCAAUUCAAAGACGGUACUAUUGGUCAUAUUGCAUUUGUACAUCGUGUAAACAACGAAGGUGACGGUGAUCCGUUUUAUGAAACUAUCGGUCUAGUAACACUUGAAGAUGUUAUUGAAGAGUUAAUUCAAGCGGAGAUCGUUGAUGAAACCGAUGUGUACAUUGACAAUCGCACAAAGGUGCGACGUAAUCGUAGUAAAAAGCAAGACUUCUCAGCGUUUGCCGAACGUCGUGAGAAUCAAAAAAUAAGAAUUUCACCACAACUCACACUAGCAACUUUCCAAUAUUUAAGUACAUCUGUCGAUGCCUUUAAAAAAGAAGUCGUUUCUGAAACAAUACUUCGCCGUCUACUUAAUCAGGAUAUCAUCCAUGCCAUUAAGUGCAAAGGCAAGAGCAAGGAUGAUCCUCGUCUAUUCAUUUACCAACAGGGUAAGGCUGUGGACUUCUUCGUACUUAUUUUGGAGGGGCGUGUUGAAGUGACAGUUGGUAAAGAAAGUUUACUAUUCGAAAGCGGCGCAUUUACAUACUUCGGCACAGCAGCUUUGCAACCAAAUGUCGUUGUUGAUUCACCCAGCCAACAAAUGCGUGGUUCUAUUCAGUCAUUGAAUAUGGAUGCCAAGAUACGUCAAACAUUUAUACCUGACUAUUCCGUGCGUGCAGUCAGUGAUGUGGUGUACAUCGCAAUAAAGCGAAGCCUUUACUUAACUGCCAAGAAAGCAACACUUCUAGAAAAGACCCGUAAGAGUGGCAUUGAAUUGAACAGUGAGAUUACUGACGAUGAAGUCGAAAGGUUAUUGCACUCGGUGAACGAAGAUGAAAUAAGGGCACAUGCCAAUCAUAAUAAGACAGUUAUAACUGGUAGCAACACGGCUUCACCGUCGUUAAAUGAUAUAUCACUACAAAGUCAUAGUAAUGCACCGCCGGUGCAUAAUUUGCAUAGCAGUAGUAGUGGUGAAGUCUUAGAUGUUGGCUCCUUAAGUAGCCAGGUUACAUCGGAUCCAGUUAAUGAUCAAUCUGAACAUAAUGGCGAACGCGAGAAUGUUGCUACAACACCACUUUUGCCUAAACCAAGUGAUACCGCUAAUAACAAAUAACAAGAACCAUAACAUCCAACGCUUAUAACACAAAAGUUCACAUAUGCAUAAGUGUUAAAGAAAUACAAUACAAAGAGAUAUAUGCUUUAUUUUAAGUUUUAAAUAAUUAAAGCGAAUUUCAAUUUCAAUUUUUACCAUAAUCACUUCGUUAGCAAUCGUCAAUGCUAAGCAAUGUUGAACAAACAUACUCGAUACAUAUACAAAAAUAUAUAUGCGGAUUUCAAAGACACCUCUUCCACAAUAAAUAUAUGUAUAUGCGUACAUACAAAUAUGUACUUAAUUACAAGCAAAUAACACUUGCGCGUUAAAAUUAUAAUGCUUUAAGAAGUAACGUUGUCAACUAAGUUCAUAACUACACUUAUACUAACUCGUUAAAUACUUAAUUAUAUUUACUCUGCAAAUGUAAAUUUUGAAAUUUAUUAGAUGUUCAGAUUCGUUUACAUUUACACUGAACACGUUGCCUACGUCACACUCUAGUUUGUUUGCUCUUUAAAAAA